UGUGAGUUUUCUUCAUCUACUUGCUAUAGAACUACAUGGAAAAGGAUCUGGGAAAGGUUGUGCUGUAUACAACGAGCAUGGGCAUCAUCAGAGAGACGUAUGCCAAGUGCGCCAAUGUCAAGCAGAUACUGCGCACAUUGCUCGUCAAGUUCGAGGAGCGGGAUGUGUUCAUGAGCAUCGAGUACCAGCAGGAGAUGCGAGAGCGCAUGCACCACGAGACGAUACGAGUGCCGCAGCUGUUCGUCGAAGGACAGCACAUUGGUGAUGCCGACACAGUGGAACGUUUGAAUGAGAGCGGAGAGUUGCGACAACUGCUGCGACCCUAUAAGUCCUUGGCCACGGCCUACACCUGCCAGACCUGCGGCGGCUACCGACUGCUACCCUGCCCCUCCUGCAGUGGCUCCAAGAAGUCGGUGCAUCGGAAUCACUUCACCGCUGAAUUCGUGGCCCUCAAGUGCAUGAACUGCGAUGAGGUUGGCCUGAUCAAAUGUCCCAGUUGCUAAAGUCCCCUCUAGCUAAGACGAUACUCGA